UAGUCUCACCCCGGAGGACGAAGAGACCCAGACUCCGAGGAGUCACUGGCUUGUCCCAGGCUCUGUGGGGAAGCUGGGCUCUAGUGCUCUUUCCACUCUGCUCUGCAGCCUGCCUCAGUCAGCCAAGAGUCAGGUCAUAAUACAAGUCAGGAGAGAUUGAUUCCCGCUAGUGCGAGGGCAGGAAAAAAUGGAGAAGCAAGGAUGGAGAGGCUUUCAAUAGAUGAGACGGGGGUUUGGGCAUUCCGAGAGGGGAAGGGAAGGCAUUCCGAGAGGCAGUAACAGCUUCAGCAGAGGCCCUGCCCGAGGUGGAAAAGUGCAGGACGUGCCCAGGGAAAAGCCGGCCCACUAAGCCCACCUCUUGUCCCCACAGUCCAGGUGGAGGCCGCAGAGGGCCCAGGGCGAGCAGGGGCAGCAAUGGUUGGUCCUGACGGUGGCUGAGCCCCCAGCCCCUGGAAUAUGCAGCCCGGGGGAGCCCCAGGCAGCGGCGAGGACGCGGUGGCGGCGCGGGAGGGGAGGCAUGGUCUCCACCUACCGGGUGGCCGUGCUGGGGGCGCGAGGCGUGGGGAAGAGUGCCAUCGUGCGCCAGUUCCUGUACAACGAGUUCAGCGAGGUCUGCGUGCCCACCACCGCCCGCCGCCUCUACCUACCUGCCGUCGUUAUGAACGGCCACGUGCACGACCUCCAGAUCCUCGACUUCCCGCCCAUCAGCGCCUUCCCUGUCAACACACUGCAGGAGUGGGCAGAUGCCUGCUGCAGGGGACUCCGGAGUGUCCACGCCUACAUCCUGGUCUACGACAUCUGCUGCUUUGACAGCUUUGAGUACGUCAAGACCAUCCGCCAGCAGAUCCUAGAGACAAGGGUGAUCGGCACCUCGGAGACGCCCAUCAUCAUCGUGGGCAAUAAGCGAGAUCUGCAGCGCGGACGCGUGAUCCCACGCUGGAACGUGUCACACCUGGUGCGCAAAACCUGGAAGUGUGGCUACGUGGAGUGCUCGGCCAAGUACAACUGGCAUAUCCUGCUGCUCUUCAGCGAGCUGCUCAAGAGUGUUGGCUGCGCCCGCUGCAAGCACGUGCACGCCGCCCUGCGCUUCCAGGGCGCGCUGCGCCGCAACCGCUGCGCCAUCAUGUGACACGCGCCCGCUCCGCCCGCCCUGCCCGCCCCAAGGGCUGGCUGCAGCCCCGAAGGCCCCCAACGGCUUUCCCACAGGACUGCGGGGCUUGAGCCGGGAGCGGCAGCAAUAUAACUGUGAUGGUCCGGGCUUGAAACGUCCCCGCAGCCACCCACCUACGUGAGAGGCAGAGGGCUAGAGGGAGCCUCCCCAUAAAUGCCCAUUCCGCCCCUGUCUCCUGCAUCUGUCUUCCUGGGACGGCCGCCUUUUAGUGCUGUAGUUAGUGCAGUACCCGGCCCGGCCCCAAGAGGCGCCAUAGCCUUUUGGGAUUGGGGGUGAGCGUGAGGAAUGGAGGGUGGGGGUGGGGAGGUGCUGCCUUGGCUGGGCCCCACCCAUCUUCUCCGGAGUGCGUCUGUCAUUGCGCCAUGUCUUCCUUUCCCUUGUCCAUAUGUCUGCCCACCUGUCUGUAGGUCCUUAGCUGUCUUUUCCACCCUCAGGUCCCCCUCCCUGCCCCUAGCUCCGUUCACAGGGCUCUCAUUUCGUCCAUCCCCUUGUCGGAAAUCCAGGCAGCUUCUUUGCGAGGCCAGCCUUCUGACUGUCAGCACCACCGGCACAGGACAGAGAGAUGCGGGUGGCCCAAGGACCACAAUUGGGUCCAAGGGUUGAGGUCCCAGAUCUGUCAGGGGGAGAAGGCUGAGGUCUCCCCACUCCAGGGAGACCUCCCCACCCAGCAGCCCCUAGAGACACAACAACCUACCUUCCAGCCUUAACUAGAUGGUCCGUCCCUGCCGGGUGCCCCUCACCCCCUUCCUGACCCCGAAGCCAGAUCACCCCCUGGGUUAAAACUUUUUUUCUUGACAGUGUGGAAAGGGAGUCCCCCAAAUUUAUAUAUUUAUUUCCAUGAUGCCAGGUUCCAUCCCUCUAUUCCUUCCUGCAUUGGGUGGUCUGCCAGACUGGGAGAUACUGGUUUUGAGAAGCUGUGGUGAGCAGGCUGUUUUCCGGGGUGGAGGUCGGGGGGUCAGGUUGUGCCAAUGAAGAGACUCUCUCCCCAUUCCACCCCAAUAUGAUGCUCCAGACUCUGCCUGCUCGAAACUCAGAUUAUCCUGAUUGGUCUGGGGGAAGGAUAGAGCCAGAAAAAGAAUUAUGGGGACCCCUGUGCUUGGGGAAGAUAUGCCCACAUCCCCACCCCCAGAUGGAUGCCCUCAGGAUCUAUGCCUCUUUGUCUCCAAACCAGUUGACCCUAUACCCUGACUCACUCCACCCCAUUUUCUCCGGCUACCUGGCCGGAUUUCUACCUCUUGUCACUGGAGCUGAUCACUGUCAGUUUUGUACCGAUUUAGAAAUAACAAAAAUAAUGAAGUACCGGGAGCCGCCUAAGGAAUUCCUGGAGGACUUGGACAGCAAAAGAAAUGCUAUAUGUCCCCUGCCCCCUGGCCGAGUCCUCCUUGAGGCUGAGCCCUCAGCCCUGGUCUAGUAAGAGGAGAACAAGGUCCCUUGUCAGAAGAGGGGCAGAUAGAACAACCCAGCCUCGACCUAGCCGAGCUACAUUGUAUAGACCAGGUAAUCAGGUGGCCCAGAGCAUGAUGGAGAGGAGUCUGGGGGAGGGGUUGUGGGUGAGGAGUUUAUUGUCCAGAUCGAGUGAGAGAAAAGCUAUGAAUCCCCCAGCUGAUUCCCUCUCCACCCACCAGGGUAGCUCAGCCCUACAGUGACUGCCCUGACCUCGGGCAGUCCAGUAUUCCUGGGUUAUAGUCCCUGCUGUGCUGCAUGACUUUGGGCAAGUAACCUGCCUGCCCUCUCUGAGCCUCCCUCUGAAACAGAGGAGGUGGCUCCCCUUCCCCACACUGUGGUUGGGAGGGUAAGGAAGAGGGCCUUCCCCCUUCAUCCCCUGCAUCCUGCUCCUUGGGUCACCAAGGAGACAGGGUCAGGGAUGGCAGCAUCUCACCUGCCCCAUCGCCAUCACCACCCCCUCCAGCUCUGAGGCACCUGAGGUGGGGGUAGGGGACCCAGGCCUCUGGCUGCCCCUGUGGGAGCCAUAGGAAUGUAUUGCCUGGCUGGCCCUCCUCACCCCCUCCGCUUCACCCCAGGUCUUUGAUUUCUAUUUUCUCCACCCCUAUUCUGAGUCUCCGUCCUCCUCCCUGCCUCCCCCCACCCACCCAGGGUUUCCCACCACAGGGUCUGGAAGUGUGUGUGACACCCAUUGCGCUGUGAUCGGAAGUCAGAUUAAAA